CAGGCGAGGAUAAAGGAAUUACGUGUCGGAGGAGGCUAGAAGACGGUCCCCGAUAAACUCAAGAUGGUCCAAAACCAAGCCCAUCGAAGAUCGGAGGACGCUGAGCCGGGAGAUUCAGGGAUAUGUGGCGCCAUUUUGACCGCCUUGUCGUGGGUAGUCGUCGUCUGCACGCUACCCUUCUCCCUCUUCGUCUGCUUUAAGGUGGUACAAGAGUACGAGAGGGCGGUGAUAUUCAGGCUGGGCAGACUCGUCUCCGGAGGUGCCAAAGGCCCAGGAAUAUUCUUUAUCUUGCCGUGCAUCGACAACUACGCCAGAGUCGAUUUACGCACGCGCACCUAUGACGUGCCACCGCAGGAGGUGCUGACCAAAGACAGUGUGACCGUCUCAGUGGACGCUGUGGUCUACUACAGAGUAUCAAAUGCUACUAUCUCAGUGGCCAACGUGGCCAAUGCCCAUCACUCCACGAGACUGCUAGCACAGACCACACUGAGGAAUGUGCUGGGUACCAGGCCACUCCAUGAGAUACUGAGUGACCGAGAGGCCAUUUCCAACACCAUGCAGACAUCUUUGGAUGAUGCUACAGAAGCCUGGGGCAUCAAAGUCGAGCGAGUAGAAAUAAAGGACGUGAGGCUACCAGUUCAGCUGCAGAGGGCGAUGGCGGCGGAAGCUGAGGCUGCUAGGGAGGCUAGAGCAAAGGUGAUAGCUGCAGAAGGAGAGCAGAAGGCAUCCAGAGCGCUCCGAGAAGCGUCUGAAGUAAUAGGAGAUUCGCCUGCAGCUCUUCAGCUGAGAUAUCUCCAGACACUCAAUACCAUCUCCGCCGAGAAGAACUCGACUAUUGUGUUCCCUUUGCCCAUAGACUUGCUUACAUACUUCAUGAGGGCCAAGGAACAUAGAGAGAAAGCCUCUCAGGCCUAAGGCCAUCUACUAAAACUCUUGUCUACUUUACAAUCAAUUAUAUUGCAAAGCCAUCUUUAAUACAAUCAAGUGAGCAAGGUUAGCUGUAAGAGGAGUGUCUUAGUUUCAAUCUUAAAAUAUGCGUAAUUCACGACUGUAUUGAGUGAUUGAUUGAAAUAGCGGGACUUUGUGCUGUGUUUAUUAAAUAUUGUAAAAAGACGUUCACACGAGGAAUAAAUAGAGAAACAUUUAUUUUAUUUUAACAUUUAUAUAGUGUGUGAAAUAUGAACGGUCAAAUAGUUUUCAGGCCGUAACCACUAAUUUAUGUAGGGUCCAAUUUACUUAAUUAAUCACAAUUUCAAAUUUACUGUGUGAUACAUGUUUUUUUUUUAUGAAAAAGGUUGAUAUAAAUAAAUAUACAGUAUUUUAGUACUCAUUAAAGAUAAAAUUGUAAUUUUAUACUAAGCGAGUUGUGAAUUCCGUUUUCUGUUAUUCGAUGAGUUUCUUAUAAUUUGGCAAACGUUGAAACUAAGACACCUUAAAUAAAUAGUGUGGUAAAUAAUUUAAUAACAAGUAUUUAUUUACUGAGUAAUAGAUUAAUAUUGUAUGAUAUUUUUAAUUUUCAUGGGUUAUAAUCAAUAGCCCAGCCCGUAAGUAACACUGUUACUAUAAAAACGUAUGUUUUUCAAUUAAAAAUUUAAAGUUCGCAGAUUUUUUUGUAUAACUCGGAUGAUUAUCCCAUCAAUACGAACCAGCUGAACUUGCUAUGAUGAUUAAUUCCACUGUUUUAAAUCCUUUAAUGUAUGUUAAACAACCUCACACACACUUGUUCAACAGAAAGACGUAUUAGUGGGAAGUACAUCGAUAAAUUAAAAUGGUUUUGUGUGAUCUCAAAUUGAUAAAUUAGGGUUUGUACAUAUUACAGACAAUUUCUAUGUGUGCCAUAGUAACUGUUUUUAUCUCAAGCACUCACAGUUGUUUUGUCAACUUUUACUGUGUUGGUAAUUUUUAUAAAGCACAUUCGGAUAUACGUGUAUGCUGUUGAUUACUUUGGUAAUUUACAAAGCUUGCUAUAUGUAUAUAUAACUAUAUGCAAUUUAAAACUAUCGAUUUCGAAUCUGCAUCUACAUUACAAAUCAAGCCGUCAAGUAUAUUUGCAUAAAUAUAAAUUAAUAAUGAAAAUCAAUUAACAAAUAACGCUCAAAGAUUGAAUAACUAACCUAGGCAAGGAAAUAUUUAGUUUAAAAUUGUAAACGACAUGACAUAAUAAAGUGUUACCUUUUCUAAGUUUUACGAAUAUUCGUCGGUAAUAGUGUAUUUCAUCACUAGGGCCUACAGUGAUUUUUUUCGCCCUGAGCUCAAGUUUUACGAUCGGGGCGAAGCCGGGGUCUCAGAAUGAGCGGGAGUUGGAAAGACACUUUAUGCCCUUGUGAUAAACUAUAUUUUUCGUCAUAUUGCACCAGAAUUUAAACAAACUAUGUUAAAAAACUAAAACAGUUUUCAUUUGAUAACCUCUUAAAACUAAUUCUAGCUUGUUUUCAAUUUACUUUGCUAAUGAAAAUAAGCAGCUGUUUGGUAAGUGAUUCAACCAUUUCGUCUAUUUCGAUUGUGUGUCGAUAUGUUGAACUAUUUUGCGAUAAGGCACAAUUAACUACAAUCGAUUAAACAAUCAAUAAAUUUGCUUUCUUUUUCGAUACAUGCAAUUGUUUACAAUCGAAAUUUACAACUCAGUUGACAACAGCUGAUUUUUACUCCCUAGGGGUUAAAAACUCUUUUUACUCCCUAGAGAGCGAAAAUUCUACUUUAGUCCAUCAACGCAUGCAUUAAAACAGCUGUAUUUGCUGCAGUAUGACGAAAAUAGUAGUUUUUAAGUAUCUGUACAAAAAAUACUAAGAAGAAGUACUGUUGGAUUAUUACUCUACUGAAUAUAUUUUACGGUUAUACUCUAUGGUGUUCUGAUCUAAGAUAGUUUGAAUUAUUUGUACAAUGUACUAGCGGGGCUUGCCUGUGAUAUAUACAUAACUUUAGUGUAGUGUUAGCAUAUGGCUGUAAUAUACAGAUCUAUUCUAUGUUAAUCGUUGUUUUUAAACAAUUUACCAAUUACAAUCAUAACACAUAACAAUACAAAUUGUGCUAUGCGCUGUAGUUUGUAGUCCUCUAUGUGUAUUUGGACACGUGGCUACAAGUAAAGGGAAUGAACUACUAUAAAGUAAUAACCAUUGACAAAAUAGUAAAUAAGAUGUAAAAUAAAUUAAAAAAAAAAUCUUUUGGUCCUCAAUAGCUGUUCAUAUUUUGUUAUAGUAGGCUAUGUCAAAAGGUGUAUGGCUGAUUGAUUAUUUUAAAAUGCCACAAAUUUCUGUGUUUUUUGUGGCCCAAAAUUUGAGUAACUUUUAUCAAAAGGUGGAAAAAUAAACUAAUAACAUUUAUUUUAUAUUUCUGCACUGACAUUUUUAAUGAUAUAUGCCAUUCGAAACUGUUUGAAACGCAUAUUUAUGUAUAUUUGAUUCAAUUAUUAUACUAGGAGCUAUUAGCUGCACUAGGAGUAUCACUAAAAUACUUAUGGAAGACUGGCUGGGACAUAAAGCUACCAAAUUUAAAAGUAAAACUCAAUCUAAAGAAAAAUAUAUGUUUAUGCAAUAAUUGUUUCUUUGUCACUUUUGCAUUUAGGGCGACUGUACACAUGGAUCCAAAUAAUCUAAGUUUUACAGGAAUGUAAAAUAUCUUAAUUUUACAAAGUGUGCUAAUAUAGUUUAAAAUUACUAUAUAAUAUACGUGAUAUACAAAUUAAAAUAGGUCUUGUUAUUAUUUAAAACAACACAUAUAAAAAAAUCCAAAUUCUGUGAUCAUUUUGCAAUGGUUCAAAACUGUAAUCAUCCGACUUACAAUUUUCAUUGUGAUUUUGUGUCCCAACAAAAAGCGAAAUUUAAUUUUGAUCUUACUUUAACGAUUUAAUAUUUUAAUUAUUACCACUUUGCAUGUUGCUGAUAUUAUAGAGAUUCGAUACUAUACGAGUAAGUAAAGUUUCGGUUUAUUAAUAUAAAAUAUAUCACUAGAGCGAUCAAUAUUGGCAAGUAACACCGGAAAAUAUCUGACACUAUCAGCCAGAGAAUAUAGUCCUACUUUUGUUAAAUAGGGUACAAAUGAAAUAUGACGAAAUAGACGUUCUUGGGUUAAACCCAGACAAAAAUACACCGACUUGGUUAAGUGUAAGAAAGGGCCAUGUGGCCCCUAGCUUUUGCCAGUAUAAAUAAUUUUUCAUUUAAUUUUCAUUUCGCGCUCAAGACAAUGGUUAAAAUUGAUUGCGAUUCCAUCAUAUGUUACAUAAAUUUACCGUCUAAUAGAAGUUUACAGUACUGUAUACGUGAAAACAUAUCGCAUAGUCGGAGAUAAGUUUUUAAUCCUUCUUUUUUUUAUUGAACUAAUGAAAUACUAUACAUAAACACGCCAUUUCUUAAUAUAACUGAAAGUAAACUGUACCUAAUUACUUUUAACUUUUCUGAAUAAUAAAAUUUUAUUGAGAACUACGAGUUUAACAGCCAAUGAGAACUUUACAUGUGUACCAAACUGUAUGUUGUUAUCGUCCCCCAAUUCUUUCACCUUUCUUUAAAAUAAGUUUAAACUUAUCAUGUCUGUAGAAGGCUGCGGUUGAAUAGCUUUAUUCAUUAUAUUAUAUCUUAGCUGUUCUGCUGUGUCGAUCAUUUACUGUGUUAACUGUUAUGUUUAGUGAUCAUUUUAAUGUAUUACGGAGUCUGUGUCAUAGUAUAGAAGUUUCCAGACAUCGUCUGUUCGAUUUAUUUGGGUAAGUUUAUACAAAAUGAUUAAGACACCAAAACCCUACAGUCAUACCACGAAAUAAUUGUUAAUUACAUCGAUUUUUACAUUUUUGUUUUAGUGUCGACGUUAUUAGAUCCAUACAGACUACUUUUAAUGAUUCUUUUAUCCUCUAUGCGUAUAUUACGGAUUACAUACGACUAAAUGCGUGUAAAUGUCGAGUUUGUAUUUUUGUUCAACACAUUAUUUUAAAAUACGUACCAUUUACUACUAGUUACUUUAAUAAUGUUUUAUAGCAUCGAAAAUCAAAUUAUAUUUAUUACAUAUCCAGAGAGUUGAACACUUUUGAUGCGAAAAGGUGUUGUAAUUUGUCGUGAAUGUUAAAUAGCUGAGUUUUGGUGGAUCCAGUUACUAUUGUACAUAAUAUUAAUUUGAUGAUAACUUAGAUAGCAAAUAAUCAAUUUUUUUUACAUAGUUUAUAAUGAAUCCAUGUUAAGUUAUCACCUUUUAAAGAAUUAAAAUAUCAAAAUAAAGUUUUUUGAAAUGUUAUAGAUUUUUUGCCUCUAAUUAUUUUAUUCGAAUUUAUACAGUUUUAGUUUAUCUUCAAUAACACCAGUGGGAGACAUGUUGACCAAAACCUCAUAAAAGAGUUAUUUCUUCUUAAAAUGUAUCGUUUUUGGGUUACCGUAUGAAUCAAUUAACUACUUGAUUCUUUACCUAAUAAUGGUUACAAUGUUAAUCGUAUAUAGGUUUACCAUAAAACUACUUUACUUAAGUUUACAUGGUAAAAAAGUGCAUUAAACUUUACUCAAAAAAGUGUUUAUUGUUGCACUUAGGGUGUAGCAUGAUAAUCAUUUUAUGUUUCUCUUUGAUUUGUUAUAGUUUAAUUAAGUUAUUUGUAUACUUAAUACUUGAUAUGAAUCCUAUGCACCACAAUAAUGUCUGUUAACAUGUUAUAAUUGUAUAUUAGCACUGAUUAAUGGUUGUAUACAUGUUUGUUACCU